AUGGGAGCCGAAGACCCCGAAGCAGAGCAGGAUCUCCAUGUUGAGCAGGUUGCCAAGACUCAAUGCCACAAUACAUUACGCCGGUUGCGCAAAUUCCGUAAACGGGUCAGACGUGCCGUGGUUGCAUUCGUAAACAGUCGGCAAUGCUUCAUCCUCAUCAUAAUGCUUGUCUUUCUCAACACCGUUGUGCUCACCACGGAACACCACAAUCAACCUUCCUGGCUCGACAAAUUUCAAGGUGAGUCUUUUCCCUUUCCCAAGGGAACUAGCAAACUUUGGUCCCUCGGCGAACCCAUACAGUCUCUAUUGUCGGACAACUUGGUCUUAUUCAAGGUGGAUUGCACUUUUGCCUUUGGGAUACUUUAA